CUCUAUUGUGGGAAUGAGUUGCCAAUCUUUUACUUCAGCUGAUACUUUUAUACCUCUGAAUUCUGACGCUGCUGCAGCUCUGCCUCUGAUAAUGCAUCACAGCGCGGCCGAGUGUCUACCAGUCUCCAACCACGCCACCAAUGUGAUGUCUACAGUCUUAUCUAUUUUGUCUUUGAUUCAAACUCCUAAAUGUUUGCGCACACUCUCCUCGGCAAAAACACUGGGAAACACAGCAACAGGACUUCAUUAUUCUGUUCCUUCCUGUCAUUACGGAAACCAGCCAUCAACCUAUGGAGUGAUGGCAGGUAGUUUAACCCCUUGUCUUUACAAAUUUCCUGACCACACCUUGGGUCAUGGAUUUCCUCCCAUCCACCAGCCUCUCCUGGCCGAGGACCCCACAGCUGCUGAUUUCAAGCAGGAACUCAGGCGGAAAAGUAAAUUGGUUGAAGAGCCAAUAGAUAUGGAUUCUCCAGAAAUCCGAGAACUUGAAAAGUUUGCCAAUGAAUUUAAAGUGAGAAGAAUUAAGUUAGGGUACACCCAAACAAAUGUUGGGGAAGCCCUGGCAGCUGUGCAUGGCUCUGAAUUCAGCCAAACAACUAUCUGCCGAUUUGAAAAUCUGCAGCUCAGUUUUAAAAAUGCAUGCAAACUGAAAGCAAUACUAUCCAAAUGGCUGGAUGAGGCAGAGCAAGUCGGAGCUUUGUACAAUGAAAAAGUGGGAGCAAACGAAAGGAAAAGAAAACGAAGAACAACGAUAAGUAUUGCUGCUAAAGAUGCUCUGGAGAGACAUUUUGGAGAACAGAAUAAACCUUCCUCGCAAGAGAUCGUGCGAAUGGCUGAAGAACUGAAUCUUGAGAAAGAAGUCGUGAGAGUUUGGUUUUGCAACCGAAGGCAGAGAGAAAAACGAGUGAAAACAAGUCUAAAUCAGAGUUUAUUUUCUAUUUCUAAGGAGCAUCUUGAAUGCAGAUAAGAUUUACUAUUGUGCAGUCACUUUUUAAAAAACUUUUCAUUCCUUUCUGUUUCUCAACAAAAAUACAAAUUACUCAGUUGAUUUUAAAAAUAAUUUUAUACCAAUGACUUCAGCAGAAAUUUUUCUUUACUACUAUUGUUUUUAAAAGAAUCCAACAAUUUAAAUUAUAUUGGUAAGUUAUUUCAUUUAAAAUAAUUAUUCUCAGAAGUCACAUUGUGCAUCUUUAGCCAGUUACUAACAGGAAUGAAAUGAGUCUCUCUCUCUCUCCCUCUCUCCCCCAAACACCCACAGAGACAUGUGAGUGUGUUCUUGUAGGUCUUUGGUUUAAAUUUCUUUUCUAAGCCUAUGAGCUUUCUAAUAGUUUAGUCAGUAAUGUCACGUAUUUAAAGGAUUUCACCAGGAAAGUUUCAAUUAAAAAAUUCAUUAACUAAUUUUCUGCUUACCACCAGCUCUAAUAGUUUGAACUAAAUGUUUUAAACUUAAGAGCUGAAAGUGUCUUAGGGUUUUAUUGCUGUAUUUAGGAAUAAGCCUCAAUUAGAAUUAACACCUUUAAAGCUAAUAUUCAUGGCAUAGAAUCCAAAGAACUGUUUCAAGGAGAUGUGGGAAAACAUUAAUUUAUGAACUUUUCAUUCUUCUCCCAAAUGAGCCACAACUGAGCUGGGACGAGAUCUGGCUUAUUUACUGUUUUUUCUGCAGUGCUUGGGAAAGUGCUCCUAGUAGGCAUGCAAUCUUUGUUAAAUGAAAGAGUAAAAGGGUGUACUAUUAACUAUUUUUUUCCUUUCGUUUGCUCCCUCUCUUAAUUUCAAAAUGUAUUCUAUUUUAAAAUAUCACAAUUCAGAAAAUCAUUUGAGAUCUCACAGCAAAAUAUGACUGCUUUUAAUAUAAUUUGUUAGAAUGUAGUAUUAAUGCAAAAAUUUUGAUAGAUUGAGCCUCUUAAUUGUAAGAAUUAUAGCUCAAAGAACAUGUUUACUUAACGUUUAAGAAUGCACUUCUUUGAAACUUGCAAGAAAAAGCAACCUAUAGUGUAAUAUUAUAAUUUAGAAGUGACCUUUUGCAUUUAAAUUUGCUGCCAUUUAUUUUAUAUAAAAUGGAAACAAUUAGACCAAAUUUUAUUGUUGAUUUAGAAAUGUCACUAAAUAGAUAAUACUGCCCAGGCUCUUUAUAUUAUUAAGGACCUAGCAUUUUUACAGGUCAU